AUGGCUUAUUUAAAACUAAUAAAAUUGAAUUAGGAUCAAAACCCAACCAUCAGAUUUUAUAAAAGUAAAUUUGUUAGUAAGGCUGUCAGAAUUGAAUAAAUUGUAGAGUUAGAAUUUUUGGUUGAUACAUUAAAAAAAUAGAAUUUUGAGCUCCAAGGACAAAUCUAAAUCAAAAAGCUUAAUCUUUAAUUUAGUUUACCCAAAAAUAGUAACUAAAUAUAAUUGUUUGAAUGAUGUAAUACUUAUAUAAAAAUUAAAUCAAGUCAAAUUAUAGUAAAAUUAAAAAUGUAAUGAAUUGAUCUCUAAAAAUAAGCUUAAAGAUCAGAUAAUUUUCUUAAGAAUUGGUAAUAAACAUUUAUUAAUUUAUAUAAAUUCAAAUUUAAUUGAAGAUAAGUAAGACUUAUCAUAAGAUGAUGGUUAAUUUAAAAAAUCAGAUUAACAAAAAUGA